GCCAGCCAGCUGGACUGAGGGAGGAGGCUGGACCACGAGCGGGAAAGGGUCGGGGAUACAAAGGAGCCUGCGAUGCCAAGAAAACCCAAGGUUUGGGGUAGGGACACUGUCGCCAGGAUUUCCUAGGGAGCCUCUGGGGACCCGGACCGCUGCCCCACAGGGAAUGUGGGGCAUCCAGUCCCUGCCUAUGUCUAUCACUCCAUCUGCCACCCCGUCUGCCCCUUGGAUCCCCCCGCCCUGCCCUCUAGCGUUGUCGUGCCAGCAGGACCCGGGCCCUCCCCGCUGCCCCGCCGAGUCCCCAGGCCUUGUCGGUGCUGACGAUGAUGAGCAACGUGGCCCCGUACGAGCAGCUGGUGAGGCAGGUGGAGGCCUUGCAGGCCGAGAACAGUCACCUCAGGCAGGAGCUGGAGGAUAAUUCGAGUCACCUGUCCAAACUGGAGACCGAGACGUCCGGCAUGAAGGAGGUGCUGAGACACUUGCAGGGUAAGCUGGAGCAGGAGGCCCGCGUGCUACUGUCAUCUGGGCAGACGGAGGUGCUGGAGCAGCUGAAAGCCCUACAGAUGGAUAUCACCAGCCUGUACAACCUCAAGUUCCAGCCCCCGGCCCUGGGCCCCGAGCCCUCUGCUCGGACCCCAGAGGAAAGUCCGGUGCACGGCUCUGUGCCAUCCAAAGACAGUUUUGGGGAGCUGAGUCGGGCCACCAUCCGGCUGCUGGAGGAAUUGGACCGUGAAAGGUGUUUCCUGCUCAACGAGAUCGAGAAGGAAGAGAAGGAGAAAUUGUGGUAUUACUCACAACUGCAGGGGCUGUCCAAGCGUCUGGACGAGCUCCCGCAUGUGGAGACGCAGUUCUCGAUGCAAAUGGACCUGAUUCGGCAGCAACUGGAGUUCGAAGCACAGCACAUCCGGUCGCUAAUGGAAGAACGCUUUGGCACCUCGGAUGAGAUGGUGCAGCGCGCACAGAUCCGAGCUUCACGCCUGGAGCAAAUUGACAAGGAGCUGCUGUCUGCGCAGGAUCGGGUCCAGCAGACGGAGCCGCAGGCUCUACUAGCCGUGAAGCCCAUGCAAGUGGAUGAGGAUCCGGAGCCUGAGGUCCCCACGCACCCCGAGGAUGGCGGCCCUCAGCCAGGCAACAGCAAGGUGUGGGGAGUACAGCGGGGGAAAAGCCGCUUGCCUUGCACGCAACAAUCUGGGUUCACCUCUGGUCCCCCUGAGUCCUACCAGGAAUGUUCCCUGUGUACAGAGCCGAAAGUGGAGGUGGUUUUCUGGUUGCUGUCCAUGCUGGCCACGCGGGACCAGGAGGACACAGCCCGCACGCUGCUCGCCAUGUCCAGCUCCCCUGAGAGCUGCGUGGCCAUGCGCCGCUCGGGGUGUUUGCCGCUGUUGCUGCAGAUCCUGCACGGCGCGGAGGCCGGCUCCGGGGGACGCCACGGGGGCCCCGGGGCGCCGGGUGCCAAGGACGCGCGCAUGCGCGCCAACGCCGCGCUGCACAAUAUCAUCUUCUCACAGCCAGACCAGGGCCUGGCGCGCAAGGAGAUGCGGGUCCUGCACGUGCUGGAGCAGAUUCGCGCCUACUGCGAGACCUGUUGGGAUUGGCUGCAGGCCCGGGAGGCGGGGCCCGAGGGUGGCGGCGGUGCGGGCGGAGGAGCCCCUGUCCCCAUGGAGCCGCAGAUCUGCCAGGCCACCUGCGCUGUGAUGAAGCUGUCGUUUGACGAAGAGUACCGGCGAGCCAUGAACGAGCUGGGUGGGCUCCAGGCUGUGGCAGAACUGCUUCAAGUGGACUAUGAAAUGCACAAGAUGACACGGGACCCCCUCAACCUGGCACUGCGUCGCUAUGCGGGCAUGACCCUCACCAACCUCACCUUUGGGGACGUGGCUAACAAGGCCACCCUGUGUGCGCGCCGGGGCUGCAUGGAGGCCAUCGUGGCCCAGCUGGCUUCCGAGAGCGAGGAGCUGCACCAGGUGGUGUCCAGCAUCCUGAGGAACCUGUCCUGGAGGGCGGACAUCAACAGCAAAAAGGUGCUGCGGGAAGUGGGCAGCAUGACGGCGCUGAUGGAAUGCGUGCUGAGGGCCUCCAAGGAGUCCACCCUGAAGAGCGUGCUCAGCGCGCUGUGGAACCUGUCGGCGCACAGCACGGAGAACAAGGCGGCCAUCUGCCAGGUGGACGGCGCGCUGGGCUUCCUGGUGAGCACGCUUAGCUACAAGUGCCAGAGCAACUCGCUGGCCAUCAUCGAGAGCGGCGGUGGCAUCCUGCGUAACGUAUCCAGCCUGGUGGCGACCCGCGAGGACUACAGGCAGAUACUCCGGGACCACAACUGCCUGCAGACGCUGCUGCAGCACCUCACGUCACACAGCCUGACCAUCGUGAGCAACGCCUGCGGCACGCUCUGGAACCUGUCGGCCCGCAGCGCGCGGGACCAGGAGCUGCUCUGGGACCUGGGCGCCGUGGGCAUGCUGAGAAACCUGGUCCACUCCAAGCACAAGAUGAUCGCCAUGGGCAGCGCCGCCGCCCUGCGCAACCUCCUGGCCCACCGGCCCGCCAAGUACCAGGGCGCCACCACGGCCAUGUCGCCCGGCGCCUGCGUGCCCAGCCUGGCCGUGCGCAAGCAGCGGGCGCUGGAAGCGGAGCUGGACGCCCGGCACCUGGCCCAGGCGCUCGACCACCUGGACAAGCAGGGCCGGCCCGAGGCCCAGGCCGAGGUGGUCACCAAGAAGCCGCUGCUGCAGCCGCUGCGCCACCUGGACGGGCUGGCCCAGGACUACGCCUCGGACUCCGGCUGCUUCGAUGACGACGACGCGCCGUCCCUGGCCCACGGGGCGGCUGAGCCGCCCAGCCCUGCCGUGCUCUCCCUCUUCCUGGGCAGCCCCUUUCUGCAGGGCCAGGCGCUGGCCCGCACCCUGCCGCCCCGGCGCAGUGGCCCGGAGCCAGACAAGGACAAAGAGGUGGGCGCCGAGUCGGCCGUGGCGGCCAGGGCCAAGGCGAAGCUUGCGCUGGCCGUGGCGCGGAUCGACCGGCUGGUGGAGGACAUCUCGGCCCUGCACACCUCCUCCGAUGACAGUUUCAGCCUCAGCUCCGGGGAUCCGGGGCAGGAGGCACCCCGGGAGGGCCGCGCCCAGUCCUGCUCCCCUUGCCGGGGCCCUGAUGGUGGCCGUCGGGACAGGGCCCACCCGCUGCUCCGGCUCAAGGCGGCUCACGCCAGCCUCUCCAACGACAGCCUCAAUAGCAGCAGCGCCAGCGAUGGCCACUGUCCCCGCGAGCAUGCGCGGCCCUGCCCACUGACCGCGCUGGCCGAACGCCGGGAGGCGCCAAUGCGUGGCCAAGCCCGGCCCAGUCGGCUGGACCUCAAGCCCCCGGCUGGUGGCCAGGCGGAGGCAGCCGCCCGGGACCCCCUGGCCGCUGAUGCCCAAGUCCGAACCAUCAAGCUGUCGCCCACCUACCAGCAUGUCCCGCUGCUGGACGGCGCGUCCAAGGCGGGUGCUGGGGGCCUGAACUCCAGUGGGACCCGGAAGCAGGCCUGGCUGCCAGCAGAGAGCCUGAGCCACGUCCCGGAGAAGCUGGUGGCCGAGGCGAGGCCUCUCUCUCUGUCCCGCUGCAGUUCACUGUCCUCGCUGUCUUCCGCUGGCCGUCCAGGACCCAGCGAAGCUGGGGACGUGGAGGACAGUGAUUCAUCCCUGGAGGGGCUGGAAGAGGCAGGUCCUGGGGAGGCAGAACUGGACGGGACCUGGCAAGGACAGGGGGCUGCUUCCCUCCCCCUGCCCAUCCCCCUGCCCCGGCGGGGUCGUGGCCUCGGGCUGGAGGACGCUACCCCUUCCAGCUCCUCAGAGAACUGCGUGCAGGAGACACCGCUGGUACUGAGCCGCUGCAGCUCGGUCAGCUCCCUGGGCAGCUUCGAGAGCCGCUCCAUCGCCAGCUCCAUCCCCAGCGACCCGUGCAGCGGACUGGGCAGUGGCACGGUCAGCCCCAGCGAACUGCCGGACAGCCCCGGGCAGACCAUGCCGCCCAGCCGCAGCAAGACGCCGCCGCUGGCCCCCGCCGCGCCCGCCGCCGAGCGCGAGACCACCCAGUUCAGCCUGCAGUGGGAGAGCUACGUGAAGCGCUUCCUGGACAUCGCCGACUGCCGGGAGCGCUGCCGGCUGCCCUCCGAGCUGGACGCGGGCAGCGUGCGCUUCACCGUGGAGAAGCCCGAUGAGAAUUUCUCCUGCGCAUCCAGCCUCAGCGCGCUGGCCCUGCACGAGCAUUACGUGCAGAAGGACGUGGAGCUGCGCCUGCUGCCCCCGGCCUGCCCGGAACGCGGUGGAGGUGGAGGUGGAGGCGGCGGCGGCGGCGGCGGUGGAACCCCGGCACCGCACUUCGCUGGGCACCGCCGGCGAGAGGAGGCCCGGAGUCGCCGCGAGGGACCCCCGGCGGACGCCGACCAGGAGCUGGAGCUGCUGCGGGAGUGUCUGGGCGCCGCCGUGCCCGCCCGGCUCCGCAAGGUGGCGUCAGCGCUGGUGCCCGGCCGCCGCGCGCUGCCCGUGCCCGUCUACAUGCUCGUGCCCGCGCCGGCCCGGGAGGACGACUCGGGCAGCGACUCGGCCGAGGCCGAGGGCACCCCCGUCAACUUCUCCAGCGCCGCCUCGCUGAGCGAUGAGACGCUGCAGGGGCCUCCCCGGGACGCGCCCAGCCGGCGGGCGGACCGCAAGAAACCCGCCGGCCGCGCCGCCGCCCAGUCCAGGCCGGUCUCCGGGCAGCAGCCCCGGCGCAAGGCCGGGGACGGCGCGGGGGCCCGGAGCGCGGAGCCCUCGGCGGCACGGGGGCAGGGCCGAAGCCGGGCCGGGCUGGAACUGCCGGUGUCCCGGCCCGCGAGCGCCUCCGCCGAGCGCGACGGCCCCCGCGGGGAGCGGCCUCGGGGCGACGGGGGGCUGCAGUCCCUGUGCCUGACGACGCCCACCGAGGAAGCCGUGUACUGCUUCUACGACGACUCGGACGAGGAACCAUCGCCCGCGGCGCCACCUCCGCGCCGGGCAUCCGCGAUCCCCCGGGCAGUGAAAAGAGAGCGCUCGGCCCCCAAGAAGGACGCGCCUGCCUCGGCCGCCCCCAAAGCUACUACGGCCACGGCCCCGGUGCGGGCCCAGCCCAGCCUCAUAGCGGACGAGACCCCGCCCUGCUACUCCCUCAGCUCCUCCGCCAGCUCCUUAAGCGAGCUGGAGCCCGCCGGCCGGCCUGGAGAGUGCCAGACCACGGCCACCCAGGACGCGGGUCCCGGGGACGGACGCGACGACGGGUCCCCCAGCCCUCGGGCUGAGGCCGAGCUGCUGCGGCGUUGCAUCGGCUCCGCCCUGCCCCGGCGCCGGCCCCCGGCGUCCGGCCCGCGCCGUCGGAAAGCCCGGGCUGCGGCGCGACCCGAGCAGCGGCGCGCCGAGGCGGCCCGGGACGCGGGCGACGAAGCUGCGGGCUCGGACCGCGCGUCCGACCUGGACAGUGUGGACUGGCGCGCCAUCCAGGAGGGCGCCAACUCCAUCGUCACGUGGUUGCACCAGGCGGCCGCGGCGGCCACCGCGGGCGAGGCCUCGUCCGAGUCGGAUUCCAUCCUGUCCUUCGUGUCCGGCCUCUCGGUCGGCUCCACUCUGCAGCCCUCGCCGCAGAGAAAGGGGCGCCGCCCGCGGGCGGAGGGUCGGGCCAGCGCAGCCCCGAGGCCGGACAAACGGGACACGCCGCCGGCUGCCCCGCGCGUCGCUGCCCCCCGCUCGUCCUGCGGCGCUGAGAAGCCGCGGGGUGCUCAGAAAAACGCUGCGUGCACGGUGCCGGCUGUCCUACGGGGCCGGACGGUCAUCUACGUGCCUACGACGGCUUCUCGGCCACAGACCAAGGGGGCGCCCAGCGCCCGACCCACCCAGAAGAAGGGACCCACGAGCCCAGGGCAGACAACCGCCCCCGCCAAGACGCCCGGGCCCGGCCAGCAACGGUCACGGAGCCUGCACCGGCCCGGCAAGAUCUCGGAGCUGGCGGCCCUGAGCCCCCCGCAGAGAAGCGCCACGCCGCCCGCCCGCCUGGCCAAGACUCCGUCUUCCAGCUCCUCCCAGACCUCCCCCGCCUCGCAGCCCCUGCCCCGGAAGUCGCCCCCCGCAGUCCAGGCUGCGGGACCCCUGCCCGGCCCCGGGGCGGCCCCGCUGCCCAAGACACCGGCGCGGGCGCUCGUGUCCAAACAGCAUAAAACUCAGAAAUCGCCGGUGCGGAUCCCCUUCAUGCAGAGGCCCGCCCGGCAAGGACCGUCCGCUUUGGCCAGGCCCACCCCGGAGCCGAGUCCCAGGGGCCGCCCGGGGCCAGAAGGCAGCCCUGGCGCGCGAGGGGGUCGCCUGGGGCUGGUGCGCGUCGCCUCCGCCCGCUCGAGCGGCAGCGAGUCCUCCGACCGCUCGGGCUUCCGACGGCAACUGACGUUCAUCAAGGAGUCGCCGGCCCUGCUGCGCCGCCGCCGUUCGGACCUGGCCGCGGCCGCCCCGGCGCCCACCACCCCGCAGGGCGGCUCCCCGCGCCGCGGCCGGCCGGCGCUGCCCGCCGUCUUCCUGUGCUCCUCGCGCUGCGACGAGCUGCGGGCGCCCCCGCGGCCCGCGCCCGGCGCGCAGCGCGCCCCCGCCGCCGGCCGGCCGGGCCCCGGCGAGCGGCAGCCCCGACGCACCAGCUCCGAGAGCCCCUCGCGGCUGCCGCUGCGCGCGCCGGCGCCCGAGACGGUGAAGCGCUACGCGUCGCUCCCGCACAUCAGCGUGGCCCGCGCGUCCGACGGCGCCGCGCCCCGGGCCGCCGGCGACGCCGUCCGGCGCUGCAGCGACGGCGAGGCGCGUCCGCUGCCCCGGGUGGCCUCGCCGGCCACCACGUGGCGGCGCAUCCGGGACGAGGAUGUGCCGCACAUCCUGCGCAGCACGCUGCCCGCCACCGCGCUGCCCCUGCGGGGCGCCUCGCCCGAGGAGGAGGGCCCGGCCGGCUCGCCGCCACGCAAGACCAGUGACGCCGUGGUCCAGACGGAGGACUUCGCGGCCGCCAAGACCAACUCCAGCACGUCCCCGAGCCUGGAGAGCCGGGGGCCCCCGCAGGCCCUCCCCGGAGGCCCCGCUUCUCUCCUGGGCAGCGACGUGGACGGGCCGUGCCUGGCCAAGGCGUCCCUCGCCGUCCCCUUCCUGCCCGAGGGCUCCGGGGUGCCUGCGGGGGGCUUCCCCGCCAGCCGCCACGGCUCCCCGAGCCGAUCAGCCCGCGUCCCCCCAUUCAACUACGUGCCCAGCCCCAUGGCCAUGGCGGCCGCGGACCUCGGUGUAGAGAAGGCCCCCGCCCCCGCCCGCCUCCUGGAGUAGCUGCCCGGGCUGGCUUUGCCCACCUGCUCUCAGCUCGGGGUCGCCCCCGCAACACCGGGCCCCAGGGUGGCCCCAGGGCCCGCCCUUCCACCCGGGCCCCGCCCCAGCUGGCAUCGGCCUCACAUCUCACGCGGAUUCGCUUGCUUCGGUGCCGUGGGUGCGGGAAUGGGGGGCUCCGCAAGGAAACGGGCGCGCGGGGUGCGCCUCCAGGCACGGCCUACCCCCUCUCCUCUCCAGAGCAGCGGGGAGGUGACGGUCCCUGCCCGAGGUGGGGGACGAGGCAGAGAGAGAGGGGGGUGGCGCUCCGGCGCGGCGCGCUGCCAGCCUAGGGCUGUGGCUUCCACUGGCGCGGGGAACCCGCAAUUACCGCGGCCCGGUAAUUUGUUAAUGAACGUUUAGCUGUGUCUGCGCUCCCGGUCCCAGCUGGGGGGAAAAGGAUGAGGCUGGAAAGACCGCGCCCCCCCCCUUCCCUGAGAGCCUGGAACCCCCAGGGCUGGGAGCGGGGAGGAGAAAGCAGCGUCGUGGUCGUCCCCGCCCCCCGGCGCCCCCUCUGGACCCUUUUAGAAGGAACUGCAGAGGUGGGCCUGGGGACCAAGGGGAGGGAACAGCUGAUCACAGAUGUCACUUCCUGUCCCCAACUGUCCCAGGGAGAGAGAUACUGGCUGCAGAGAACUGGGGGCAGGGGAAACCCAGAGGUAGGUGGUGGGGUAAGAAGCAGAGGUGGGAGGUGCAGUGCGGUGGGGGGCAAGGGAGUCUGGGCGGCAGCCUUCGGAGCCCCCUCCUAGGGUUUGGGACCCCACGCUACAGAAGGGUGGAGGGGGAGUCCUUGUCCACUUCAUUCUUGCAGGCGCCGUGGUCAGGGGUCCUGCCAGGCCCCUCAUUUCAGAACACCCUGGGGGUGGGUGGGGGCGCGCAAAAGCUGGCAGAGCUGCUGGUGCCAGGCGGGCAGGGGCUGGAGGCAACGCAGGGAUGGAGGCGGCCGGGAGACUAGACGGCCUGGUGAAGGCUUGGGGAUGACGCCCCCUCAUUGCACCCGCGCGUGCGCGGAGGGACCCCAGGAUGAGCGUGUCUCGCCGCAGGAAGAGCCAGCGACCUCUUUCCUGCCCGAAGCCACGUCCCGAGAGCGCCAUCUCUGGGGUCCCUGCAAGGGGCGGAGCCGGAGCAGAGCCCCCGGCCCCGAGGUGCCUCCCACGGGAAGGGGGUGACACCCCCAGAGCGGAAGUGCUUCCUCCAGCAGGACGAUGCCCGCUACACCUCCCGCGCUGUGCCAGCUCCCACCCCGAGUUGUAUCGACGCCCUCCCCCAUUCCGGGGCUGCUGGCCCCUUCCUGGGCCCGGCUGGGGGACCUGCCUUGCACUGUGAGACCUCGGACGGCACUUUUUCGCCGCUCUGUGCCUCAGUUUCCCCAUGGCUGUGGGGAGCAUCGCAGAGCUACCUCUCGGGCAGGCCCGGCAGCCUGUGUCUGGGGGAGAGGCGGGUGCGGCCGCCCCUCCCCCCCACCUCUGCCUGUCCCCGGGCGGCCGGGACUCACGCCCAGCAGCUGGUGGGGUACCAGGCCCCGGGACAGAGUCUCCACACGGCGGCCACUGGACAGUCCACUCGCGUGGUGGCUGGAUGACCCAAGUUUGGAGCCUGAGGACAUCUCAGGCGCUGCGACCAUCUACAGAGGGGACGGGAGACGCCCGGGCGAUCCACAAAGAUCCCCAAAUUCUGGACCUUGGCCUGAGGCCAAUGGACAAUCCCUCCAGCAGGGUGCUGAAUUUGGGGUGUAGCUUUACACCCCCCCACCGCCAGCCUGUCCACGUCAGGGCCACUGGCCACCCCCCGCCCCCAUGUUCCCUCUCUGCACCUCAGUAUUACCGGACACCUGUAAAUAGCGCCGCCACGUGCCGGGCCAAGAAAACGCAGAACCCUGAACCUCCAUCUGAUGGCACCUUUAAUAAACGGGGCUGCUGGCGCCCCCCCUUGG